AUGAACAAAUGGUGUUUCAAUUGCCUUCACUCAGCACAUGACGUAUCUAAAUGCGCCUCGAAAUCUACCUGUCGUUCAUGUUCGGGCAAACAUCAUUCCCUCCUUCAUUUUCCAAAUUCCGAUUCCCAAACUGUUGAAGAAAAUUCUAAUUCAAUUGUAUCUUCUGCCGCACCGUCGAAUUCAUCGGGUUCUUCUCAAGCUAUUAUAAUGACGUCUUCUUCAGAUUACGGUGUACUCUUGGCUACUGCACAGGUGAAAAUCCGAGAUGCCUAUGGUAACUUCAAAAUGAUUCGAGCUCUCCUCGAUAGUGGCUCCCAAACGAAUCUAAUAACGAAGAAGUGUGCUUCUCAGUUAGGUCUUCACCUUUCUAAAUCAUUUUUAUGUAUUCGGGGAAUAGGAGAUAGUUCGAUACCAUCCUCAUCCAGUGUUAUAUGCACUGUGUGUCCUAGGUCUGCCCUCAGUCCAUCAUUUACAUUUGAUGCAAUUGUUAUGAACAAGAUUUGUUCUCACCUGCCGAGUUCGAGAGUGUCCUUUUCGUCACCUUCAAUAUCCACUUUGGACUUGGCUGAUCCCAACUUUGACACCCCAGGUAAUAUCGAUCUUUUGUUGGGCGCCGAGGUAUUUCCUUCAUUACUUCUCGGUGGUCGUGUUGUUGGGGAGAAAGGAGAGCCUUCUGUCCUUCAAACAGUUUUUGGUUGGGUGUUGAUGGGUCGAACGAUAAUUCCAAACCAAGGUGUCAGUUCACUACAUAUUUCUGUUGAUUCUUCGCUGAAUUCUACUCUGAAAUCCUUCUGGGAGGUAGAAGAACUUCCAAAUUCUGAAUGCAGAUCGCCAGAGGAGAUUUUAUGCGAAGAAAUCUUCAGCAGAGAUGUCAGCAGAUCUGCGUCUGGACGAUAUAGUGUUUCUCUGCCUUUUAAAGUUACCCCACCUAUAUCAUUUGGAGAUACGUACUCCAUGGCCUCACGUCGCUUUCUUUCCUUAGAGCGUCGACUUUGCACGAAUCCCACCCUUCGGGAUGAUUACUGCAAAUUUAUGCAGGAUUAUCUGGAUUCGGGUCAUAUGACAAUAGUAGAUUUGGCUUCGUCAUUGAAUGAUUCUUAUUUCAUUCCUCAUCAUUGUGUUGUGAAGCCGGAUAGUUCUUCUACGAAACUGAGAGUCGUCUUUGAUGCUUCAGCCAAGGUUAUGGAUAAUCCUUCUUUAAACGACUGCCUUCUUACAGGACCGAAGCUACAAGCUGAUAUCGUGACCAUCCUCCUGCGCUUUCGCACUCAUAAGUAUGUUUUCACAGCCGACAUUCGACAAAUGUACCGUCAGAUCUUGGUUGACCCUGUUCACCGUAAGUAUCAGCGGAUUCUUUGGCGGUUCAGUCCAUCGGAUCCGGUUAAAUGCUAUGAACUCAACACGGUCACGUAUGGAGUUUCUUCGGCGCCUUUUCUGGCCCUUCGAACAUUGCAUAAACUAGCAGAUGAUGAAGAAACAUCUUUUUCCCUGGCAGCUAGAAUCCUUCGUGAUGACGUAUAUGUAGAUGACGUCGUGUCGGGAUCUGAUGAUCUCCAAGGUUCCUUCAGCCUCAGGGAUGAUCUGAUUGCUCUAUUGGGUAGGGGUGGAUUCGAGUUGAGAAAGUGGUCAAGUAAUAAUCCAUGUAUUCUUGAAGGUAUUCCAGAUGACCAUCAGUUGUCACAAUCCUUUUCCUUCGAUGAGGGCGAUUUCGUCAAAAUUCUGGGUUUGAGAUGGAAUCCUUGCUCAGACUGUUUUUCAUUUGCCGUUACAGGAAUAGAAAAUAGUUGUACGAAACGGAGUAUUCUUUCACAACUUGCUCGCAUCUAUGAUCCAUUGGGUUUUCUAACACCCUUCACAUUUCUUAUGAAAUAUUUUAUUCAGCUGCUCUGGGUUCAGGGAUUGCAGUGGGAUCAGGUUCCUUCAUCGGAAUUUGUCGAUCAUUGGAGUCAGUGCAGGUCCGAAUUGUCUGAUCUGCAGGAGUUACAAAUUUCGCGACGUCUAAGUCUUAGUUCAAGGGUGAGAUGUGAACUACACGGAUUUGGUGAUGCAAGCGAGAGAGGAUAUGCUGCAGUGGCCUACUUCCGAUUUUCAAACACUGCAGGAGAGGUCUCGAUUUCUUUCAUUUGCGCCAAGUCUAAAGUUGCUCCAGUUAGGCGAAUUUCACUUCCUCGUUUAGAGUUAUGUGCCUCUUUAUUACUAGCCAAAUUAAUUUCUUUCAUCAAAUCCACUUAUUCAUCUAUUGAAAUAGAUGAUAUAUACGCUUGGUCAGAUUCUAAAGUUGCUCUAGCGUGGAUUAAAUCUUCUCCUCAUAAAUGGAAAUCCUUUGUCAGCAAUAGAACGACAAAAAUUCAGGAUUUGGUACCGCCGGAACGUUGGUUUCAUGUGAGGUCUGAAGACAAUCCUGCUGAUUUUGGAUCUAGGGGACUCACGCCAUCAAAACUGGUGAGAUGCACCAUGUGGUGGUCGGGACCAAGUUGGUUGUCCUCACCAGCUCCAUUCAACUUGGAGGUGGAGUUUUCAGGUUCUGAUGAUCCCUUAUGUUCAGCAGAGGCAGGAAAAAUUGCAUUGACAACCUGUAUCGAAACAACCUUGUUACAGUGUUGCCCGAUUGUAAUUUUCUUCGAGAAGUUGGGGAGUAGAAUGAUGGAGUGUAUAGUAUGUAAAACAGUCAAUGGGCUAACCACAGUAUUGUGUGACAGCUGUCAAAGGUCAACCCAUAGGGAGUGUAGUGGUCUCAGUGCUACUGAAUUGAAGGUGAUGGAUCUGCGUGGAAGGAGAUUGCUCAAAUAUUAUUGUGAAGAAUGCCAAAAUGGGUUAAGAGUGCUUCCAAGUUUACUGCAGAAAGUUGAUAAACUGGAAAUUGAAAUCAAGAAGAUCGGAGAUUCUAUGGUUGGGAAUUCGCGUGAAAUUCAAACGUCUGCAGAUGAAAAGGAAGAAAUUAUAAGCGAAUUAAUAGACAGACAGGGCAGAUCAUCAAAUAUAAUUAUUCUGAAUGUCAACGAACCCAACAUGAAAACUCAAAAAGAAAGAAUAGAUGAGGAUAAAAGAACAUUGCAAAAAAUUUUAGAAAACUUUGAUAUUGAGAAAGAGAAACUUAUACCCAUAAGGCUCGGAAAAUUCGUUGCAGGAAAAGUAAGGCCGAUCAAGGUUGUGUUGCCGUCUCCAGAAAUCGCAAAAUUAGUCCUGAAGAAUAAACAGCUUGUUUCAACACCGAGUGUUAAAAUAUUUCGGGACCAAACAGAGAUGCAAGCUAGAGGGGAAGUUGAUAAAGUCAUCAAGUAUAUCAAUGAUAAACCUACAAUAGUAUCCGGUAUCAAUAAGAAUGUUCAAAAAAACUAA